AUGCUGUGGACUCUGCUGUUCUUCUGUUUGAUUGCUAACUGCACAACAGGAAAACUGAUAGAGGGAGGAAAAACAACUCAGUCUUCAACCUACACUGAUCACUUCUCUGACAAAGCUGUUGAUGGGGAUUACUAUCACUGUGCUCACACUCAAAACAAGUCCAACUCCUGGUGGACAAUGGAUUUACUGGGUCUAUAUGAAAUUUCCUGUAUCAACAUCAACAACACUGUUGCUGAAAAUAUUGACUUAACGAAUGCUCAGAUCCUCAUUGGGAACUCAUCUGAUGGAAACUUUAAACACCACAAUGUGUGUACAACUAUUUCUGACAGCACCAACGGAAAAAAUCUAACAUUUCAAUGUGACAAUGGACCCAUGUCUGGACGCUAUGUUACCGUACACUUAGAAAGAACAUAUUUUGUCAUUUUGUGUGAGGUGAAGAUCUACGGUACAAAAAAAGAUGGCUUGAUGCUGGUCCAAGAGAACAGAACCUGGGAAGAAGCCCUGUACCACUGCAGAGACUUAAACAUGGAUCUGGUGUCCAUCCUCGAUGAAGACACUCAGGGCUGGGUUGAGUUGGAGGCCAGGAAGGCUGACAGUCCCUAUGUAUGGCUGGGUCUUCACUACAAUUGCACACAGAAAUUAUUUUUGUGGGUCGAUGAUCACAUUGCAACAUUCGAGCGCUGGGGUCCAGGAGAGAAAGAAAUAGAAGACUGUGACAUGAGUGCUGUCAUGGACACAACAGGAAAUCACUACUGGUGGAAGAAGUUUGACAUUAAUUUGUUUAAUUUCAUCUGUGCCGAGUAAAAGACUUGUUUGACUUUACUUACUGAGUAGUGGAUGUCCCUCUAAUAUAUCAUAUGUGAGGGGUCCUGGCCCAGAGUAGCAGCUUUUCAGAUGUAGUGCUGCUGAAAUGAAGCCAACAUUUCUACUCUG